AUGGCUCCUGCUCUCUCGACAAACGAUUUGGCGCUCAUUGGUGUCGGCGUUGGUCUCACCACCGCUUUCAUCUUUCGCGAGCAAAUCUUUGGUGACAAGAAGAAGAGCGUUCCCACUACAGCCAAGAAAGCUGUGGCGGACCAGGGCGACCCCCGCGAUUUUGUUGCAAAAAUGAUUGCCAAUAAAAAACGCCUCGCAAUUUUCUACGGGUCCCAGACAGGCACUGCUGAAGAGUAUGCGAUCAGGAUUGCCAAAGAGGCCAAGUCCCGCUUCGGUCUUGGGUCCCUUGUAUGCGAUCUCGAAGAGUACGACUUCAACAAGCUCGACGCCCUCCCCGAAGGCUGUGCCGCCAUCUUUGUCAUGGCUACCUAUGGCGAGGGAGAGCCUACUGAUAAUGCGGUCGAAUUCAUGAACAACAUCAACGAAGACGACUUUGAGUUUUCCAAGGGCGAGCAUCGUCUCGAAGGACUCAAAUAUGUUGUAUUUGGUCUAGGGAACAAGACAUACGAGCACUAUAACAAAGUGGCACGAGAUGUCGACGAGAAGCUUACAACGCUCGGCGCUGAGCGUAUCGGCGAGCGCGGCGAAGGUGACGAUGACAAGAGCAUGGAAGAAGACUAUCUCGAAUGGAAGGAGAAGAUGUGGCCUGAAUUUGCGCGCGUUAUGGGCGUAGAGGAGGGCGCUGGUAGCGACAGUCCUGAUUUCAAAGUCACAGAAGUCGACACGCAUCCACCCGAAAAAGUUUACCUUGGUGAACUUUCCGCGCGUGCCUUGACCAAAACACGUGGUAUUCACGAUGCCAAAAAUCCUUACCCUGCACCAAUCCAAGGCAUCCGCGAAUUAUUCACAGUUGGUGGAGAAAGAAACUGCAUACACGCCGAAUUUAAUAUCGAAGGUUCCGGUAUCACUUACCAGCAUGGCGACCACGUCGGACUCUGGCCGUCCAACGCGGAUGUGGAAGUUGAUCGUUUGCUCUUCUCCCUCGGCCUCGGGGCGCCUGACCGCCGGACCGCGGUGAUCGAUAUUGAGUCAUUGGAUCCACAGCUCGCAAAGGUCCCCUUCCCCGUCCCCACAACUUACGAAACCGUGCUGAGGCAUUACAUCGACAUUUCAUCCGUUGCUAGCCGUCAGACCCUCGGUGCCCUCGCCAAGUACGCUCCUACGCCCGAGGCCGGUGCUGCCCUUGCUGCACUCGCUACUGACAAGGUUCAGUAUGGUGCCAUUGUUGCCGGUGGAUGCCUCAAGCUGGCCGAAGUUCUCCAACUCGUGACCGGAAACCCAAUCAAUUCGAAGCCAACUGGAGAGAACACCACGGCCUGGAAUAUUCCAUUUGACGUCAUCGUCAGUGCCAUUCCUCGCCUCCAGCCACGGUACUACUCGAUCUCGUCAUCGCCCAAGCUCCACCCGACAUCGAUCCAUGUUACUUGCGUCGUGCUCAAGUACGAGAGCGAAGCUUCGGAACGCGCGCCCUCCAAGUGGGUGUUUGGUGUCGGCUCCAACUAUUUGCUCAAUUUAAAGAUGGCGGCUCAUGGCGAACAAGCGCCACUGUUGUCCGAGGGCGGCGUAGAGAGCGUCACUAACCCGAUCUACGCGAUCUCCGGCCCUAGGUCAUCUUACCAGGGCGAAACCGGCUACAAGGCCCCUGUCCACGUCCGCCGAUCAACGUUCAGGCUCCCGACCAACCCCAAGACUCCAGUCAUCAUGAUCGGCCCCGGCACCGGUGUUGCUCCUUUCCGCGGCUUUGUCCAGGAGCGUGUCGCGCUUGCCCGCAAGGCGAUCGAGAAGAACGGCGAGGAUGCUCUUGCCGACUGGGGACAGAUUUCGCUCUACUAUGGCUGCCGUGACGAGAACGAGGACUUCUUGUACAAGGAUGAAUGGCCCGAGUAUCAGUCUGAGCUCAAGGGCAAGUUCACCAUGCGCAAUGCAUUCUCGCGAAGUGGUGCUCGCAAGCCAGACGGCAGCAAGAUUUAUGUCCAGGAUUUGCUCUGGGAGGAUCGUGCUGCGGUUUCGGAGGCGAUCAACGAGAAACGUGGAUACGUCUACAUUUGUGGUGAUGCGAAGAACAUGAGCAAGGCUGUCGAGGACAUCUUGAUCAAGAUCUUUAACGAGGCUGGCAAGAAUGGAACUGAGGAGCUCAAGACGAUGAAGGAGCGCUCGAGGUUGUUGUUGGAUGUCUGGUCAUAG